AUGAUGGAAAAUUGGGGAGAUCGGCUCAGAUUUACACAGCCAUCCCUUUGGGCAAGAGAGUCACUUCUGGCUUUACAAAGAUUGGUUCUUGGUGCAAGCGGUCUUGGUGCUCAAGUUGGUGAUUGUUGGCUUCAAUAUGCAAAGCUCUGCCGCUCAGCUGGUUAUUAUGAGACAGCUAACCAAGCAAUUCUAGAAGCUCAGGCUUCAGGUCCACCUAAAGCUCACAUGGAGAAAGCUUCGCUGGCUCAAGCUAUUCGACGUUCCAAUGAGGAGAAGUUCAGAGUAGCAGUUCUAGUUUCACAGGCCGCACUUCAGUUUAUUCAUGGUUUGUCCAGUGACUACAUUGCACCUGAGGAAUAUAAUGAUAAAGGGAAUGGUGUAUUUGGUUUUAAGCCAUGGCAGAGGAUUCGCGUUGGGAAUGUGGUGAAAGUGGAGAAAGAUCAAUUUUUUUUUCCUGCAGAUUUGCUUUUGUUGUCGUCGAGUUAUGAUGAUGGGAUUUGCUAUGUGGAGACCAUGAACCUGGAUGGCGAGACAAACUUGAAGGUAAAGAGGUUUUUGGAGGUUACUUUGCCAUUGGACGAUGAUGGGACUUUCAAUGAUUUCAGAGCAACGAUAAAAUGUGAAGAUCCUAACCCGAGCCUCUACACCUUUGUUGGCAAUUUUGAGUAUGAGCGUCAGGUUUAUCCUCUUGAUCCUAGUCAGAUCCUCCUCAGAGAUUCAAAGCUUAGGAACACGGCUUUUGUGUAUGGAGUGGUGAUAUUUACCGGUCAUGAUAGCAAAGUCAUGCAGAAUGCAACACAGUCCCCUUCAAAAAGGAGCAGAAUAGAAGGAAAAAUGGAUCAAAUCAUUUACAUUCUUUUCACCCUCCUUGUGGUGAUCUCAUUGAUCAGCUCUAUUGGAUUUGCCGUAAAGACAAAGUACCAAAUGCCCGACUGGUGGUACUUACAGCCCAAUAAUACCACAAACCUUUAUAAUCCCAAGAAGCCAGCAUUGUCAGGAAUUUUCCAUCUUGUCACUGCUCUUAUACUUUAUGGGUAUUUAAUACCCAUCUCACUCUAUGUUUCAAUUGAAGUUGUGAAGGUCCUGCAAGCAACAUUCAUUAACCAGGACAUACACAUGUAUGAUGAGGAAACUGGGAAUACUGCCCAAGCACGGACAUCAAAUUUGAAUGAGGAGCUAGGCCAGGUUGACACAAUCCUUUCUGAUAAAACUGGCACUCUGACAUGCAAUCGGAUGGAUUUUCUCAAGUGUUCGAUUGCUGGUUCUACAUAUGGUUCUGGUUCUAGUGAAGUUGAACUUGCUGCUGCAAAGCAGAUGGCUAUUGACCUUGAGGAGCAGGGAAAUGAACUUUCCAAUUUUCCCAUGCAUAAAAACAGUACUGGUGAUUCAUGGAAUAAUGCAAGUGGUUUAGAAGCAACAGAAAUUGAACUGGAGACUGUCGUGACUUCCAAAGAUGAGAAGGAACAUAAACAUGUGAUCAAAGGGUUUAGCUUCGAGGACAUCCGUCUCAUGGGAGGAAAUUGGUCAAAAGAGCCCAAUGCAGAUGUCAUUGAAUUAUUUCUUCAGAUACUUGCAGUUUGUCAUACUGCAAUUCCUGAGCGAAAUGAAGAGAUUGGGGGCUUUAAUUAUGAAGCAGAGUCACCAGAUGAAGGAAGUUUUCUUGUUGCAGCUCGAGAAUUUGGUUUUGAGUUUUGUAAAAGAACGCACACAAGUGUACAUGUUCGUGAAAGAUAUGUUUCUUCUGGACAACCAGUCGAAAGGGAAUACCAAAUUCUCAAUCUGUUGGAGUUCACUAGCAAAAGAAAGCGAAUGUCCGUGAUUGUGCGGGAUGAGGAUGGGCAGAUUUUUCUCCUUUGCAAGGGUGCAGACAGCAUCAUCUUUGAUCGUUUGGCAAAGAAUGGAAGGAUAUAUGAGGAAGCUACUACUAGGCAUCUGAAUGAAUAUUCUCUACAGGACCUUUUGGGAGUGGCAUCAAAUGCCUCAGUGGACAGCAGCAGUGUUCAGUUUGGAUUGACUUCUCUCCAGAACUUACUGACAAGCAGCCUAAAUUUGGCAUCCAUAUUUUCUACUAAAGUACAACCGUUGCCUCUUUAUGAGUGCUUCUCUGUGUCUUUUGCUUCAAAAAGUAACAUUCUCCAACUUUACUUCUGAAGUUAUGGUUUGAAGAUCGGUGGUAAAGGCAGUGCUUUCUGAGAUUCUCCGACAAACGCAACGGCCAUCACAGCAGGGGAUUUCGCCCAUGUUUCGCAUCUAUCGGAACCUGUAGAUCGUGUUCUUCCAAGACGAUGUGAGUCUGACUUGCAAGUAUCACGGAGUAGGAACUAGGGAAGUAUUUCCAAUCUUUUCUGAUAAUGCUUGGCUGCCAAAUGGAUUCUGUGAUCAACAAGCCGACUCUUUCAUCCAAUCACGCUGCAUUUUUGAACCCAAGUAUUGGACAGUAUUGCUUAAUACUAGCAGCCAAAAAUAGUAUGAGGAAUGUUGUAGGGGAGCAGAAUGCUGCAAUUCUGGGCAGAUGGGCAACUUUAAUGAUGGACAAUAUGAAGCCCCUGCACAGCUUCAUUCUUGAGCUCAACAGAUUUGUGUUGUUCUAUGUCCUGGAGAUGCUACAGAAAGUGGAAAGCUCUUGCGACUAAAGCAACAUUUUUUCCUACGCAAUGCCUCACUUCAGGACAUUAUUUUCAGAUUCAAGGAGAAGAUGUUUUUGUGGGGACUGCCAUCAUUGAUUUGUAUACCAAAUGCAGGGAUAUGGAUCAAGUUGUGAAGGAAUUUUUGUGAAUGCCAAUCUGCAAUGUAGUUUCCCGGACUAUCAUCAUCUCUGGUUUUGUUCAGAAGGAUGAUGACACCAAUUAUUAAGUGAGAUAUGCAGUGAAAGAGGUAACAAUGGGGAUGGUGAUCUUUGUCAUGAUAAGGGUUUUGAAGGUCAUGAUUCAUGCUUCAAAUGCUCGGAAGUAUGCGAUAGUUUUGAAGUGAACCAGAAGUCAUUGCCAAGGAGAAAAGGUAAAGGUUCCAGAGUUAAGCAUGCAAGCGACAAGAGCUUAUUUCAAACCAUCUAUGUUAUUAUUGGUUCUCCGUUAAUUCACGUUCUGUUUCAUAUUUUCAAAAGAGCAAGUGCACGCGGCUGCCCUAUUAGAAAGCACUUUGCAACAGCGCCUUACCCUAGAGUAGAGACUGGUACAAGAAAGCAAGGUCUUAUUGCCUCACUUCUUCCUACUUAUGAAGAUGGAUUAUGCCCACUCCUAUAAAGAGCAAUUCUGAACAAAACAGGAACCUGUGUUCGGAUCUCUUUCAAAACAGAGUCUCUUGUUUGGCGCACUCUGAGGUUUUUCUUCCUUAAUAGAGAGCGGGAUAUAUCAGCAUUUCUACUAGUUGAUUUGGGAAUAAUCAAGUAUCCAACUUAUAAUUGCAUUAAUUCAGAACAUAUCUUCCCAGGCUAGAAUGAUUUACUUGUUUAUGAAGAGACCAUUGAAAACAAUGCUGACCUAGGUGGACAGAUUCAAGCAAUUCCGACCUGACUCGGCUUGAUCAAUUGGAAGGAAUUCAAAAACAGAGGUUUCAUAAGUGGCCAAUAAAAUCUGAAUUUUGAAUCUGAGAAAGGGAUCAUUAGCAUAGAUGCAAAUUCAUGAAAACAGGCUCCAAAAACGGCCAAAAGAAAUAUGAAACAAGAGCCUGAAUAAUCGCAGAAAUGCCCAUAAAAACAGCUGAUCUUGUUGAUUUAGAUGCAAUGGGCACGUCAUGCUUAUUUCUGAGAAAAUGCCUGAGUCUGCUAAAAAGAAACUCAUCCUUCAAAUCAGAAAAUAGUUCCACCUAAUUCAGACGGUCAUCAAACCAGAGACAAUUCAAUGGGCAUCUAAAACAACUUCUGCAAAGUCCAUCCAGCCUAAGGAGGCUCACCUUCAUCAAUCUAUGGACAUGAGAAUGGUACCUAAAGACCUUGAUAUACUUCUUUUAUACUCAAUUAACAGUUCAGCUAUCCGUGUUCACUUACAGAAGUCCAGAUCAACAGUUGACAUUUGAUAUCAUGGACCUUAACUAAACAAGGUGUUGGAAUACACUACGGAAUACAUUGCAUCAGAUUCUACCCGGGGCUAAAACAGAAUGUGGGCCACGACAUACAGCCUAUAGAUGUCAGAAUAAAAAUGCAACUAGAACAAGGCUAUUGAUGCAUACAUGGAGCAAUGAGAAAUUAAGGCUUGCCAUUGUUAGUAACUCUAGUGAUGCUGAUGAUUCUGAACCCAGAUUACAAAAUUCAGAUUUGAGGGUCAAUGUAGUGUUGCUCUAUCUGAUAAAGCAUAUCAGUAGAUUAACAUCUGACCAACGUGAAUACAAAUCAGCUGGCCCAUUUUACCCUAAUCACCCUCUUGUUGAUGAUCUCCAAGCAAAUCAGAAAUGGCAGUCCGGAACAACCAAAUUUCUCAGAAAAUUUCAGGGAUUCGUACAGGGAAUUAAUGCCAAAGCUCUUGGGAACAAAUCUGAAUGUAGAGGAUUUCAAGAAAUCAGAAAAGGCCCGGGAAUGCAGUGAUAUAAGUUACCUAAAUGCAUGCAAGGGAGUAAAUAAAAGAAAAUUUAAAGAAAAUGACAGCAGCGCCUGCAAUCACCAACAAUGUAAACUUGGUCAUAGCCCCCGACCUCACUCCAACAUGGUCACUUUGCCUCACAUCGUACUCCUCCCAUUGCUUCUUCUUCUUUUUGUGAUCUUACACGUCUUAAAGCCGGAUUUCAAAACAUUUUUCUAUCAAAAAAGAAUUUGGUUUUCUUUAAGGUCCUUAGCAGCUUCUAGGUACAAAAUCCAGAUUUAACAUGCAAUUUGCUGCCGCUUUACUUCGGGUAUGCACUUUCACUGUUUCCUUUUAUUUUUAACUAUUUUUGUGAUUUUCUUGAUUUUUUCCAAGCAUGAAUAAACUUCAUGAUUCCAAAUAAUGGAAUUCAUGGAACCAACUCAUGCGAAGUCAAUUAGGGCUUUGGUGGGGGCCCGACAUUCAUGAUACUCUCAUCAAUAUUGUUUGCUUGAUAUGUUGAUUUUUUAUUAUUCUUGAUGAUAUACGUGAAUUUGUUUCGUAUUUAUGGUUGAGAUAUCCUUGCUUCCCAUAGAGAUGCGGAUGCUUGCAAAUCAGGUACGCCCUUUCUACCCCACAACCCUAAAAUUCUAUGAAUGUGUAUGUUCUUAUGAGACAUGACCAUGUUUGAUGCCAUUGAUUGCCUUGAUGCUUGUUUGAUCGUCUUUGAUGAAAAUACAUACUAUGUGUCAUAUUUCCAAACUAACCUUUAAUGUCUUGUGUUAGCGCUCGAGAAGUGAUCCGGGUACGCAUCUUAACCCUCUCUUAUUGUGAUUAAAUCUUGUUUGGCAUGCUAUAUAUUUAAAAUCACCUAGCCUAUUUAGAUACCUAUAACGUACCGAUUAAUUGCCGCACUUCCCUUAACUUAGUCAGUAGAGACCUUUAUAGGGCUUAGAGGGGUGAUAUCUCCUAGAGGUACCUUCCUAAUAAGUAACCUGAUCCCCGGACCUAGACUCGGGUUUUUCAAAGACAUGCUUUUCCAAAAAUUAUGGAGUCACAUUUUAGGGUUUUUCUUUCUUGUUUUAUUUUCCCUUUAAAAUAAAAAUAAAAUAAGUGGCGACUCCAACUUUUCUAAAAUUAAUUUUUCACAAAUAAAAAGCGAGUCUCGCCGAAUCGAGUGGGGACGCACGUGAAAAAUGCGGGUCCACAUCACCCCUUAUAUAUUUCCAUAUAGUGAAGUAGUAUAGGCCUGAUCAUGCUUUAAGACAAUGCGAGUUACUACAAAGUACUCCCAAGCAAUGCGAUACAUAGAUGGGAUUACAUGAAUAUGAUUUGAGAGGUUGACAUGAUUUGGAUUGGAUGAUUAUUCAUCUUCACUAUAUUCAAAGGUGGGAGACUAGGCACAAUCAUCUUGCUAAAGCUAAGGCAACAUCUACUUCUUUCAGGUAUAAACACCCAUAUAUGGUGUGGUAUCAUUCAAUCACUCACCCUUUUUUUUACUCCAUGUAGAUCCUCAUCGGGGAUACUGGUAAUUACAACGUCUCUUUAUUUAUUAUUCCACUUUCUUCUAAUUAGAAAAGCGUUUCACUUUUCAUUUCAAAUUCUUACAAUAGAUACAUCAGUGUAUUAGGCUAAAUACUCCAAAGAUAGGUCUGCAGGGAUCCCCAAAUCUCUCCAUUCUCUAUCCUAAGAUCAAGUUAGGUGCAUGCAAAUCUUCCUAAGGCCUUCUAAAUCCUAUGCACAAUGGGUAAAAAUAAAUAAAUAAAUAAAAACAUUUUAAAACUUGAACAAGAUUUAGAAUAUGCAACAUCAAACAAUACUUGAGGUUUGGAAGUUCCCAAAUUUAUUCCUUAUAAUGCAGAUGCAAAUGAAGAUCGUUCUCAUAGGAAGUCUCAUAGACUCAAGAUCUUCACCCAAUGGCUCUUCCUUGAUCUUGGCACACUUAUGAUGGCGAGGAAAAGAAGG